CCUUCUCAACGUACCCAACCUACCAGCCAUACGUAUCCCUUUUUCCAUUGCCAUUUUAUUUCAACAACUGACGACACACUCCUUGUACUACGACUGACUUUCCGUUAUCUUUUUUCACGAUGUCCAUCCAUCCCAUACUCACCUUCAAGGCCGGAAUCUGCGAUGUCGACCAAGCUGCCAAACCAUACAAGGUGAAGCCAUCGCCACGACCCGGCUACAUCUACCUCUACCAAGGCUCCGAUGAUGAUCUACUGCACUUCUGCUGGCGCGAGCGCAGCGUUCCAGCCGACCAGCCCGAGCUCGAUCUGACCAUGAUUCCUACCGACGGCACCUUUGUACCUGUCGAGCCCUCGUCAUCGUCUCCUGCGACCGCCAAGACCCAAGGCCGCGUUUUCGUCCUCAAGUUCGAGUCCUCAUCUACGCGCCACCUAUUCUGGCUGCAGUCACACCCCCAGCACCCCAGCGGCGACCCAACCUGGCUGAGCCCUCGCGAUCGCAAGAUAGGCGAUAUCGUGAACAGGAUGCUGCAGGGCGAGGAGGUUGACGUCAACGCAGAGCUGGCCUCAGUGCGUAACUCGGGCGGUGGCUCAGGCGGUAGGGAUACAGACGGCGAUGAGGCCAUGGAGGAUGCCACGGGCCACGGUGCUGAGC